CUAUAUUGUGUAUUUUGAAAGAUGGGUAUGAGGUAUGAUAUUCCGGUUUGGUUACUUCCCGUGUUACAUGACUUGUGGGAGGAACCAGACCUAGUUAUGCAAAGUUAAUAUGAAACCGAAAGUGUCUCAUAAAACAAAGGGUCGGCAGAAGUUGAGAAGAAAGCUAAAAUGCAAUCAGCUAUUUCAUUGCAGAUAAAAUGCUCAGUGUGCUUGAGUGAUUUUACCGAUCCAGUUACACUUUCUUGCGAACACUCGUUUUGCCGGGAAUGUAUCACGGGCCAUAUGCAAGCCAGCCUGGCGCCAAGCGCCUGCCCGGAAUGCAAAAGGCCUUAUAACAAGGAAGACCUGAAAUCCAGCCGUUUACUGAGAAACAUGACGUCCACUGUGAGAGAGCACCUUGCCGAACUGAAAUUGGAUAAAUCUACAUCUAAAGAAAGAGAGGAAACCUUAGGGCACUCAGAAAUGGAAAGGAUGUUGAUGUGUUCGGAACACGAUGAGAAACUUAAACUGUUCUGUGAGACUGAUCAAAAGCUGGUGUGUGUCAUCUGCAGGGACGGAGACAAACAUAAAGGACACGUCUUCAAACCAGUGAAAGAAGCUUCGCAGAUUAACAAGGGGGAGCUGAAGAACGCGUUGGGUUUUCUUGCCAAAGAAAAUGGACAGCUCGAUUACAUGAUACAACAACAGACGACUGAGAUCACCAAAACUGAGGAAAAAUCCAAAACUUUAUCAGCCCAGAUCUCUGCUCAGUUUGAAGAAAUGCACCAGUUCUUAAGACACAAAGAGGAUGAGGUGAAGAAACAGUUGGAGAAGGAGGAGAAGAAAGUUAUAGAAUUCAUGCAGAACAAUCAGGCUGUGAUAAACAGAAGAUUCAUGGAGAACAAAGAGAAGGAGAUAAUUCUGCAAUCGGCCCUGGAGAUUGAGCAACCUGAUCACUUUCUGCAGUGGUGGAAUGAAAAAGGAUUUCCGAUGACAAAGAACAUGAAACAGAAAGCCGACAUGACACCAUCUGAUAUCAAGUAUAUGUCAAGGGUGAAAGAUCUUUCUGUGCUUCCUGACUCUCUCUUUCUUGGCCCCCAUGAAACUCACCUGCAAUUCUUUGUGUGGAAGGAGAUGCUGGGAUCCAUCAAAGCAGUUCCUGAGAGUUUGACCCUGAAAAAUUCCAGAGAGUCAUACUUAAAAGUGUCUCCAGGGGGCGCCAGAAUCCGACAAGCUGACAGAGCGACUGGUAUGUAUAAAGACUUCAACCCUGGUACAGUUUCAGAGGAAAACUUCCAGGCUGGCCAGCACUACUGGGAAAUUGAGGUCCGAGGAAAGCAAGACUGGACUGUGGGAGUAAAGAUGGGUACAGAAAAACAGCUUAGUGCAGCGAAGUCAGCUGAGAGUGAGAUCCUGCUCCACCUCAAACACAGUAAAGGCUAUGUUCUGUCCUGUGAAGGAAAGGAUACUACAUUAAAUACUCGAGACAAACCACAGAAAAUAGGGCUGUAUCUGGACUGUGAGAGAAACCAGGUGUCAUUCUAUAAUGGUGACAACAUGUCUCGCUUGGCUCAGAUCAACUACAAAUCAAUGCAUCCUUGCUGUCUUACUCUGGUUCCAGGACUUUAUCUGGAUGGGAAGAACAGUGAUCCUCUCACUGUCUGCUCAUAUGAGUUUAGCAAACAUUAACACGCUAGAUCAGUUACUAGCUGCAGUUAGAUAAACAUCUCAGAUUUGACACAUAUGGGGACAUCUAGAUCAGAUUAUAAUAAAAAUGUUUUAGGUUUUACAGCUGUAUCUGCUAAAUUACACAUAAUAAUAUCAGCUACAAUUUAAAUUUAGCUUUAAGGACAAGGAGAAAUAUUGAUUCGUUCUUCAGAUGAAUUUCUCAAUUGAAUGUGUCAGUCUGACCAACAAUAGCAUAAUUAUCGAUCAGGUUUUCUUCCUUUUUACAUCAUUGUAUUCAUUUUUUUUUAGUUUUAGAUGACUUAUUUCAGCUUAUCCUAAGUUUACAGCGAAGAGAUAUGAGAGUUUUUCUGUUUCUUGUAAAUGUUGUUUGAUGAGGAUCUGUUUUUAAUUUUAUCCAGUGGCUUCUUGUGUAUGAAAUACCAUAUUCUCUUUUAAUUUACCCAAUAUCAGCGUUAAAUACCUCCCACUGCUUUCAGACUUUUUAAACUGUGAAAUAAACUUAAACACAUUUUCACCACCAUUUGUAGACCUAAAAAUAGGUUUUCAAAUUGUGAAAUAAUAUUUAUGCGUAAAAUACUUAACAUAAAACAUAUUAAAAUUCUAAAAAAAGUUUCAUUUAUUUUAAAGAUAAAAAUAAAAUAAUCAUUUAUAUUAUGACUAUGUAUUCGGUCUUUGUAAUAACCAGUUCAUGAUUACUAAGGUACCUGUCUUUCUUUGUUGAUUACUGUAUUUAAUAUUAUAUUUAAAGCUUUCAGUACAAUAUAGAGCACUGAAAAUGACAUUGAAAGCUGUAUGCAAAUAUCUAUGAUCUCUGUAUGCAUUAAAAUAAAUAUUGCUGUAAUAUUAUUUAUAGAGGGUGUCUCUCUGUAAUACUGUAGGGAUCUUUAUUUCUUCUUGGUGAUGAGAGUUCUUCCUUCCUAAAAAAUAAAUCAAUAAAAACAAUUUA